AUGUUCCCAGCAAUCCAGUUCUUCAUCGUUUUGCUUGCGUUGUCAUGUGCGACUGACGCCCUAUACAGGGUACAACUGACCAGAAGAAAACGAAUACUGAACGCCGAAUCAAAAAGAAAACCCUCGCCCAGUCGGUCUUUCCGUUACUCCCCCAAUAUAUUUACGUACCCGCCAAUGUUGGCGGAGAAACAAUACGAUUUGCCGCUGAAUAAUCAUGAGAACGUGGCAAUCGAUACCGGAUCAGACGUGCUGUGGGUAAACUGUGCGGGUUGCUUGGCUGAGGAGUGUCAGGAACGUGGGGCGUUCGAUUGCUCUAAAUCAGCAACAUGUGUCCUGAUGGAAGAGAAGCCAAAACCCAUUCAUUACGUCCAAGGCAAUGCUUGGGGUCCGAUUGACAAAGAUUUUGUUUGCAUAUUGCAAGAUGGAAUUUUUGGUUUGUCUGCGGAAGGGGAAUCGCCGGAGUUGGAGUCUGCGAUGGGGCGGCUUCUUCGAUAUUCCGGUUGCGAAGACAAAAAAGUCGCAAUCUGGUUAAAUAGAGAUUCAGAGGCGGAAAACGGCGGAGAGAUGACAAUAUGCGGUGUGGACAAAAAUCAUUAUCAGGGUGAUCUCGUGUGGAUUCCUCUCGAGCAUGGACCGAAUUGGUACGUCCGAAUGGAUGACGUGCUUAUCGGUUCACAUCGGAUAUCGUUAGGUCAAACCGAAGCAGUUAUCGACUCUGGUUGGACGAUCAUGGCUGCGCCAUACGAAGAAUAUCCCAAGGUAACCUUCAUUGCAAGGAAUUGUUAA